AUGUCGUACCACAUUCUCGCCUGGAAGAGCAUUCGUAGCGCCCUCUGCGUUGUCACCGCCGUUGCGAGCGCCCUCAGGAUGACCCUCCUCACCGGUCUCUGGGACUUCGUCCCCACCGGUCUCCUCAUGUGCGCCGCCGAGGUCAUUGCCUGUCGCAUUGUCGGAAACCUGGCCUUCAUCUCGCACUCGUAUGGUACCCUUCAGCUCCCUCCCCACCUGCUGCCUCGCGCCCGGGUCAUUGCCAUCGGUGUCCUCAAGGCCAUUAUUGUCCACAUCGUCUUUGCCGUCGUCAAGAGGGUUUGCAGUGUCCGCAUGGUGACGUACUUCGACGAGUCUGUGGCUAGUGCCAUCAGGUUCAUGAUUAUGGCUGCAAUGCUCGAGACACUCUUCAAGGCCCUUGUGGAGGUCACCGUCUGCCAGUAA